CAUUAAAUCCAUUCCCCCAAAAACCAUAAAACCCCAAACAAAACUUUCAGCCGCCUUCAUUUCCACCCUAUCUUCCCCCAUUAAAACCCCUGCAAAAACCUUCAAAACUCAUCAAUGGCAACUCUCACAUCUUCAAAUCUCUCUCCAACUUACACUCCUUUCUCAAAACCCAUCUUCCCCAAAACCCCUUUCACUACCCUCCUCUCUCUCUCCUCUCCAAAACCCUCUUUUUCUCUCUCCUCCAAAACCCCCACAACUAAACCCACCUCCAUCAUACGCUGCUCCACAACUUCCCCACUCCAACGUCGACCUGAUUACAUCCCCAACAAAAUCCCCGACCCAAAUUACGUCAGAAUCUUCGACACAACCCUCCGAGAUGGCGAACAAUCUCCUGGAGCUUCCAUGACUCCCAAGCAAAAACUCGAGAUUGCUCGCCAUUUAGCCCGCCUCGGUGUCGAUAUCAUCGAGGCGGGGUUUCCUGCGGCCUCCAAUGCAGACUUAGAGGCCGUCAAAACGAUUGCAAUUGAAGUUGGAAAUUUUGUGGAUGAGUUUGGGUAUGUGCCCGUCAUUUGUGGGUUGUCUAGGUGUAAUAAGGCGGAUAUUGAUGCUGCUUGGGAAGCUGUUAAGUAUGCUAAAAGGCCUAGGAUUCAUACGUUUAUUGCCACCAGUGAGAUUCAUAUGCAGCAUAAGUUGAAUAAAACGAGAGAGGAGGUUAUUGAGAUUGCUAAGAGUAUGGUUAGUUAUGCUAGAAGUUUGGGGUGUGAUGAUGUUGAGUUUAGUCCUGAGGAUGCUGGCAGAUCAGAUAGAGAGUUUCUUUAUCAAAUUCUAGGAGAAGUUAUUAGGGCUGGAGCAACCACUCUAAACAUACCUGAUACCGUAGGUUAUACGGUCCCUAAGGAGUUUGGGCAAUUGAUUGCUGAUAUAAAGGCUAAUACACCUGGAAUUGAGAAUGUGAUCAUCUCAACACAUUGCCAGAAUGAUCUUGGGCUUUCUACUGCAAAUACAGUGUCUGGAGCAUGUGCAGGUGCAAGACAAUUAGAGGUAACAAUUAAUGGAAUUGGGGAGAGAGCAGGAAAUGCUUCAUUAGAAGAGGUUGUCAUGACCAUAAAGUGUCGUGGGCAAUCAUUGGGUGGUCUUCACACUGGGAUUCAAACAGAACACAUUGUGAAAGCAAGCAAGAUGGUAGCUGAGUAUACAGGACUUCUUGUACAGCCUCAUAAGGCAAUAGUUGGAGCUAAUGCUUUUAAGCACGAAAGUGGUAUUCACCAGCAUGGAAUGCUGAAACACAAAGGCACUUAUGAAAUCAUGUCUCCAGAAGAUAUAGGGCUUCAACGAGCUGAUGAAUCUGGUCUUGUUCUUGGAAAAUUAAGUGGACGACAUGCAUUACAAAAAAGACUUGAGCAGCUGGGAUACUUCUUUGAAGGCAAGGAACUUGAUGACGUCUUUUGGCGCUUCAAAUCAGUCGCUGAGAAAAAAAAGCAUGUCUUAGAUGAGGACAUCGAAGCCUUAGUAGUCGAUGAGCUUUUCCAGCCAGACUCUGUUUGGUCACUUGGUGAUCUCCAGGUCACAUGUGGAACUCUGGGGCUUUCUACCGCAACUGUUAAGCUCAUUUGUGCUGAUGGGAAGGAACAUGUUACUUGUGCAGUUGGAACUGGACCAGUUGAUUCAGCAUAUAAAGCUGUUGAUUCUAUUGUGAAGAUGCCUGUGACUCUGCUCGAGUACUCACUGUCCGCUGUAACAGAAGGUAUAGAUGCUUUAGCUACCACCAGAGUGUUAAUACGCGGAGAAAAUGGUUUCACAUCCACGCAAGCUAAUGGGGAGCAAAUUCGCCGAUCUUUCAGCGGGAGUGGAUCUGAAAUGGAUAUUGUUGUCUCGAGUGUCCGAGCUUAUGUUAGUGCACUAAAUAAGAUGCUAGCUUUCAAUAAUAAAUCUAGUCAGAAAGUUCUGGAAGGGAAUUCUCAUGUUUCUACCUCGGAUGUUUUACCUGCCGCUGCUGCCAUUAGCACUUGAAGGGUUCUUGCUUAAUUUCUGUACAAAUGUCAAUGUCUACAUUGUUAUGGAAUGGUGCCACUUAGUGUUCUACAUUGUGAAUAUUGACCAUAUGUUAUGGUCAUUUGUCACAGGAAACCAACCUUCGAAAUUCCUAGAAACGUUUCUGGGGAAGGCAUAGGUUCGACCGUUCCAUCGGUUUUCCCUCGUGUAAACUGUAACUGCUCCAUUCACCUAGACUGUAAACUUUUUUUUUUUUUUUUUUCUGAGGAAAGUAACUUCUUUUUUGAUAGACUGUAAGUUGUAACCUAAGAUUGACUUUCAGGUGGUUUUUUGAAGAGUUGUGUUGGGAAUAUCUUUGCACAGGAAUAAGAUUAACCAAUGUUUUCUGA